UUCCCCUCUGUGAGCACCAGGUAGCUCCAUAUACGGAUUGGAGAAGCACUUCACAGCCCCUCUGGCACUGUAUCUGCUCGGGCGCACAGAGGGGCAGUGCCAUGCACACUCCCGACUAUGCGCUUGUCCUGAGCGGAGGGAACAGGUCUCUGGUCUUCAGUCCCACUGAUGACUUCACGAUGGGAACCCCUGGGAACGACAGCGUCCACCACAACGGAUCCGAUCCUUUUGCGCGGAACGAAGAGGUGGCCCAAAUCGAGAUCAUGGUGCUGAGCAUCACUUUCGUGGUCGCUGUGGUCGGCAACGUGAGCGUCCUGCUGGCAAUGUACAACACGAAGAAGAAGAUGUCGCGGAUGCACCUCUUCAUCAAACACCUCAGCCUGGCUGACCUGGUGGUCGCCUUCUUCCAGGUGCUGCCGCAGCUCUGCUGGGAGAUCACCUUCCGCUUCUACGGUCCGGACUUUCUCUGCAGGAUAGUGAAGCACCUGCAGGUGAUGGGGAUGUUCGCGUCCACCUACAUGAUGGUGAUGAUGACCCUGGACCGUUACAUCGCCAUCUGCCACCCCCUGAAAACCCUCCAGCAGCCCACCCAGCGCUCCUACAUCAUGAUUAUCUCCACGUGGAUGUGCAGCCUGGUGUUAAGCACCCCGCAGUACUUCAUCUUCUCCCUGAGCGAGAUCAAGAACGGCUCGGAUGUUUACGACUGCUGGGCGUACUUCAUCGAGCCAUGGGGCGCCAAGGCGUACAUCACCUGGAUAACCGUGGGCAUCUUCCUCGUGCCCGUGGUCAUUCUCAUGAUGUGCUACGGGUUCAUCUGCCACAGCAUAUGGAAAAAUAUCAAAUACAAGAAAAGGAAAACGAUGGCCGGCGCUGCCAGCAAGAACGCGAUAAUCGGGAAGAAUUCAGUCAGCAGUGUUACAACGAUAUCCAGAGCCAAGCUGAGGACUGUCAAAAUGACUUUUGUGAUAGUUUUGGCGUACAUUAUCUGCUGGGCGCCGUUUUUCAUCGUGCAGAUGUGGUCGGUGUGGGAUGAGAACUUCCAGUGGGCUGAUUCUGAGAACACAGCAGUGACUCUGUCUGCGCUCCUUGCCAGUCUCAACAGCUGCUGUAACCCGUGGAUAUACAUGAUCUUCAGCGGUCACCUCCUCCAGGAUUUCGUGCACUGCUUCUCGUGCUGCCUCAGGAUGAACACUGACUUCAAGAAGGAGGACUCGGACAGCAGUAUCCGCAGGACAACGCUGCUGACUAAGAUGACCAAUCGGAGCCCAACAGGCAGCUCCGCAAACUGGAGAGAGCUGGACAAUUCUCCCAAAUCCUCCAUUCAGCCAGAGGAAAAUAACAGCUAGGCAUUUUUUUUCUUUUUUACUGGAGUGGGAAUUAAAAAAAAAAAAUGUCUGGCAUCAAGGUACACAGCUCACAGUAUCAACCCAUAUUAUCUUUGAGUACGAGUGGACAGUGAUUGAGAUGCCACCAGAAUCUAAACCUGUAUAGCAAAUCAAGCUAUCUGACAGGAAAUAGAGUGAUGAAAUAUGCUGUAGGAUGAGAAUUCACAACAAGGACAGACAAUAUGGACAGAUGACAUGUGUGUUCUUGCUGGAUUUUGAGUGCAGAUAUGUUUCUGUUCACAUUACCGCAGCAAGAAUAUUAGAAAAACAUCAGGAAAGGAAAUUAAACUGCAGAGAUUGACUCAAAAUCCACCAUAUUUUGAUAUCUCUGCAGCUGAUUGUAAAAGCACUGCAUGCUGACAGUUAUAUUUUUCAUCAUUUUGUUGACUUUACUUGAAAAUUUGACGGCCUCGAGUGGUCGAGAGGAUUUUUUUUGGAGUCACAACGUGAUUCUUCUCGAUGUUUUCGAUAGAAAAGCAACUUUUCCUGGAAUACGGACGCUUGUACUGGUGGUUAUGUCUCCCCACAGUGCCCCCAAACACAUUCUCCCGUUAGCGUGUUUACAAAGACAAGGCGUACGUUAACAGCCAGGGGGUGUGCGGUCGGGAAAACAUCUCAUCCAGACCGCACGUCUCUAAGUAACAGAAGCAGCCGCCUCAUCCUUUGUGCUCUCGCUUUGUUGUUUUUCUCAAAACCAGAUUGUAUUGGCUCGUGUGUUCUUUUGACCCCUCACAAAAAAAAGAAAAUUCAUGGCUGCAUGCAUCCACAUUUUUGUAAUUAUUUCAUGUAGCAGCAGGCAGCCCUCUGUCUGGAUCCCCAAAGAGUGAAUUUAAUUUCUGUUGAGCAGAGGCAGAUGGGAUUCCCUUGUAAAUAGUAGGAGGCUCACCCGCGUACACAUACACGGGCACGCACAGUGUGGGGGGCGGGCAGGGGUCCCGAUGAAGUGAGAUUGGCCACAGCUGGGGGGGAGUCUACCUACGGACCCACGCUCUCCUCCCAUCGCUUUCACGAAAUGUUGUGCAGAAGCUCACACAUUCCGCCCACGCUGUGUCAAGACGCUUCCUGAUUUUUUUUUUCUGACAUCCUGCACCGCUGAGGGGGGGCGAGUCUGCUGGUUUUUUGGCUGGAUUUACACUCCAGACAAAAACAAUUUUCUGCACAUUAAUGUGAGGCAGCGUGAGGGUUGCCAGACCACCGUGUGAACCCCAUGUGUAUUGCAUCAAGACAUGAGUGUGUUGUAUAUUUGUGCAUAAAAUGCACUUAAAUAUCUGUAAAUAGGAGUAAUAUAUGUAAAUAUGUUCAACAUGAAUUCUAUUUGUCUGUAAUGGCCUGUGCACAUUGAAAGUAAUCUAACUAUCCUAUGUAUAUAUGUUGAAAUAUACAUAUUGACACACUGAA